AAAACUUUUUCAAGAAUGAGUUAUAAGGAAGUUUUACAAAUUCAAAAGAAGUUGAGCAAUAUCUCAAAUUUUGGCACUGGUCAAGAACAGGUACUCGGUCUACUAAGAGUGUUACAAACACUCAACAUUAAUAUAGACGUAUUAGCAAGUACACAAAUUAGUAUAUUAGUAAGGCAAUUACGGAGACGUAAACAAGACAGGGAAGUGUCUUCGUUAGCUAAAACAAUAAUAAAAAAGUGGAGAUACUUGGUUGAAAAAGCACGUGCCAAUAAUGUUUUUAUUAACAUCAUCAGAUUACCGCUUGAUGCUGAUGACUUUUCUGCAUUACCGAAGAUGAUAACAGAAAAGUCUUCGUCUUCGUCAUUUAAGGAAGAAAAGCGUGAAAAAAAUGAGAAACAAAAUGUUGAAUUCUUUCCAUCAGCAACAAAUGUACUUCUAUUGCUAGCAUAUGGUAUGAAGGAUGCUAUACGCACUAAGUGUCGUCAAAUGCUUUGUAAUGCGAUUAAGUUUGACGACGGUAUACCCAAAGGCUGUACAGAUUUUGAAAAAUUGGCUGCAGAAUUGGAGGACGCUAUUUAUAAUGUAUUUAGAAAUAUCGAUAAAAAAUAUAUACGUCGAAUACGAUCAAGGGUGUUUAAUUUAAAAGAUCCUAAAAAUCCUGCAUUACGGUUGAAUUAUAUAAGGGGUGUGGUAUCUCCAAAAACUCUUGCAACGAUGACACCGGAAGAAAUGGCAAGUGAUGAAAUGAAACAAAUUAGACAGAAUUUGAAAAAGAAGACUAUAAAAUGUGGAUAUGAUUGCAAGUUUUAAGGUUGCAACGGUUUUAUAUUUAUUUUAUUAACACAAAUAUUUUAGUAUAUAAUGUUUUAAUUGCAGAUUAUCAUAUUCUUGUAAUACCAUUUAUUAAUUAAUUUAAAUUUUUGGAAAAAUAAAAUG